CGACUCGUGAAGUCAGCUCUUGCCAGCUGGAAUUUAUUUACCAUUAAAAGACUAUGCACUCAAAUUGAGCAUCAUAGAUAUCUUGUCUCGCAAAUCUACAUGUCAGAGCAAUGAGCUUGCGAAUCGAGUGGCCUCCUCGGCGUAUCCCCACGCCAUCAACUGAAGCUCCUGCUUUUCUCCGCUGAUCCUACCGGUCGUGGCCGCGAAGAAGCGGCGAUCUGGAAUUCAUUCCAUGUGGAAGGAAAGCAACGACCUAAUAGGAAAAUAGGUUUCUUCAGCGUUUGAGGAGAAGGGUGGUGGGAAGUCCAGGGUUAGGAUUUUGAAGGAAAGGUGAAACUGGGUGAUAUUAGCCUGGAGACCAUCAUGGGUGACUCAACAGCAAUGACCAUUGAGUUCCUUCGUGCAAGGUUACUUUCUGAAAGAUCCCUAUCAAGAGCUGCAAAGGAGAGAGCUGACCAAUUAGCUAAAAGGGUCAUGGAGUUGGAGGAGCAGCUUAAGGUUGUUACAAUCCAGAGGAAGAAAGCUGAGAAGGCCGCUGCAGAGGUUCUUGCCAUUCUAGAAGCUCAGGGAAUUGAUGAUUUCUCCGAAUUAACUGAUUCAAGCUCUGACCAACAUGAAGUUCCCAGUGGUAUGAAAGGGUGUGAGGAUACUUUUAAAGAAGAUGAAACUUCCACAGCCUCCAAAAUGGAGAAGAGUGAAGUUGAGGAUGCACUGUCAGGUUCAGAGCUUGAAGUUUCCCCCUCUCAAAUUGGGAGCAUAUCAUGGACAGGCUGUAGCAGUAGUCCAGAUUUUCAGAAAAUGCAGAAGGCAAAGCAAAUCAGGCAAAGACAGAGACAGUGCUGUUUCAUGUCAACUGCUGGAUCUUCUCCAAAAUAUCAUUUGGGAAAGUCAUGCCGCAAGAUAAAACUAAAGGAGAUGGGAUCAGCAGCAAAGGAUGACCCAGGCAAGCAAAUCAUUGAUGAUGCUCAUGUGAAGGCAAAGGUUACAUGGUCAUUCAUUAGUGGUGAUCAGCCUCAUUCCGGAAAUGAGAUAGAAAACAUUUUUCCAGCUUCUUCAAUGCCAUUUCCUCUUAUUAAUAAAAAUGAAGAUACUGAUGCUAUUGGGAGUGGGAGUGGUGAAGAGAUGGAAAGAGUCCUAGAACAACAGGCCCAGCUUAUUGGUCAGUAUCAGACAGAGGAAGAUGCUCAGACAGAAUGGGAAAGAAAAUACAGUGAGAAUAAAUAUACAACUACUGGCUAUUGUGAAUCUGGGAACCAGCUUCAUGUAACUCAAAAUGGUAGAGAAUCAAAGGAUGAAGACACUGACCAUGUGGAUGAAAAGCUAUAUUAUGAUGGAGAGGCAAAACCAAGGGCUGAAAAUUUGCCCACCAUAGGAGCUGAAAGUCUGUCCACUGUCAGGAUUGUUCAAAUAUCUCAUAGUACACAUUCAGAAAAGACGGGUGGAAGCCAAGAAGCAACUACUGCAGCAUUAUCUGAUGGCUUUGUGCCAACCGAUCUAACAACAGCUCCUAGCAGAAGUAAUUCUCAUGUUUGCAGGGAUGAUUUCUUGUGUCAACAAUAUGAUGAAACAGCAGUGGGAGAAAUUGCAGGCCCUUCUGAAGGAAGGACUUUUACUAAUGCAAGGGAGAAGCAGAAUCAGGAACUAAAAUAUGACAACCCUGACAGUGGUGCUUCUAGCAUUCCAAACCGACGUCCACCUGGGCAUGAAAUCCUUAUUGUGCCAUCAAGUGGGAGUCCUUCCACUGCAAUUUCUAGUAACAAAAUCUCCAAAUGGAGAUCAUCUGAUAUGCAAAACCAGUCUGAUAUGCAGUUGUCUAUGGCACCCAGCAGCAACUUGGGGGGUGUGUUGGAAGCUCUCCAGCGUGCUAAGGUAUCCCUACAACACAAACUCGAUAAGUUACCUUUGACAAGUCAAGGCACCCUCGUUAGUGCAACACCAACAGAUUCAAAUUCUUGGGCAAAUAUAUCACGUGAUGCUUUGAAAGUUCCCAUUGGUUCUGCUGGUCUGUUCAGAUUACCGGCAGACUCCUAUCCCCAGUCACACUUUGUAGGCCAUGAGAUCUAUAGUUCAAGAUUAAGGUUGGCAGCUACUAGUCCUUAUGCAGGAUAUGCCAGCAGUGCCAAUGGUUACCCAUACCAGAUUUCUUCACAUAUAGAAGCCAGAUCUGGGGUUUCAGCGAGCAAUCAGUCUUUUGAUCUGUACCAUUUGGUUACAGGAGUUCCUGCUUCCAGUGGUUUCUCCUUUUCUAGUACUGAUGCAAGAAGAGGAUUGCAUGCUGAUUACCGAAACCCAACAGAGAGACAAACCUUGCCGGAUAGGAUUUCAAUGACUCAGACAGAUGUUAGAAUUGGAGUACCUGCUGAUUACCAAAAUCCUACAGAGAGACAGCCUUGGCCCAAUGGGAUUCCAAAACCUCACCCAGAUAUAAGAAUUAGACUGCCACCUGAAGAUCAAUACUCGAUACGUGGCCAUGACAUUACUCGCUCUGAUAUGCAGCUGUCGUAGCUAUUGCUAUAGAAUGUGUUUUUCCUGUCAGUAAUGAGAUAUUUUGGCCUUUUUCUUUUUUUUUUGUCAUUUGUCAUCAUCUUGUUCACCUAUAUUUCAUCAUUGUUUUGCCUGUUUAACAUAUAUAGCAUCUGCAUUCCCAGGUAUUUCGCUUCUAAAUUAAAAAAAAUGCAGAUGCCUAUUCCUCAUGCUUUGAUGCGCUUGCUCAUUGGAGUAGCAAUGGUAUGUGGGCUUUGAAGUGAUGUUUGUGUUUACCCUAUAUUGCCACAUUCGACCUGUUUUAUCUCGUCUAGCAUCCUGCUGCAGUCUGAGCUUGUUAUGAUGUAAAUAUUUCAUAUUUGUGGAAGAGUAGCUGUCAAGAAUUCUCAGAUUGCUCUAUAGUUUCUUGUUACAUUCAUGCCCUACUAUUCCUGUAAAUCUUUGUUUCGAUUUAUGAUUAGCUCAGUUACCUUUGACGUC